AUGUGGGUCUACGUAUCUAAUACCUUUAAUGAGAAAAUGAUUGUGGAAAAGAUCCUAAAAUCUGCAACUGGUAAGAAAAUUGAAGGACUUGAAAUUGAUCAAUUACAAGAAUGCCUACGCAAAGAAAUUAAUGGGAAAAAAUAUUUACUAGUGUUGGAUGAUAUAUGGAAUGUAAAUCCUAAUACAUGGAAUGAAUUAAAAAAUUUGUUAAUGGAUGGUGAAAGAGGAAGUAAGAUACUAGUGACUACACGUAAUGAGCAGGUUGCUAGAGAACUUAAAUCUUAUGUCUAUCCCUUGAAAGUACUAGAUGAAAACAAGUAUUGGUCUUUGUUUACAAAAGUAGCCUUUGAACUUGGGAUGGAGCCAAAAGAUUCAGAACUAGUAGAGAUUGGAAAGAAGAUUGUAGCAAAGUGUGGAGGAGUUCCUCUUGUUAUAAUGACUAUAGGACACUUACUGUUUGGUAGUAAUGAAAAAGAUGAUUGGUUGCAUUUUAAGGAUAAUGAAAUGUCAAAUGUGAUUGAAGAAGAAAGUGAUAUUUUACCAUCACUCAAGCUUAGUUAUGAUCAUCUUCCCUCACACUUGAAACAAUGUUUCUCUUAUUGUGCAUUGUUUCCCAAAGGUUAUAAGAUCAAGAAGCAAAAGCUAAUUUAUCUUUGGAUGGCACAAGGGUUUCUUCAAGCAUCAAAUGAGGAUUGUCUAGAAGAUGUAAGUAAUAAGUGUUUUAUGAUUUUACUUUUGAGGUCUUUUUUUAAAGAUCCACAAUAUGAUGAAUGGGGCAAUGUAAUUGCAUGUAAGAUACCUGAUCUUAUGUAUGACCUUGCACAAUUAGUUGCAAGAACUGAGUGCACCUUACUGACUUUAGGCACAGCUAAAGAUGUGGAUGCAAGAUGUCGUCAUGUAUCAAUUGAUUGUGGUGAAUUAAAGUUUCAGAAGUUGUUGCAUUCAAAUGGUAAGCUGGAGAGUUUAUUUAGGGAAUUUGGGCAUUUACGAUAUCUCAAUUUUUCUUAUAUGCAUAUUGAAAAACUUUCAAAUUCAAUGUUGAGACUAUGGUAUUUGGAAACACUAGACCUCCCUCAUUGUGACAAGCUUAAGGAACUACCAAGAGAUAUUGGAAAAAUGGUAAAUCUGAGGCAUCUUAUAAACAAAAAAUGUGAUUCCUUAAUUGGAAUGCCAUAUGGAUUAGGAUGCUUGAGUAAUCUUCAGACUCUAUCACUAUUUGUAGUAAGUCAAAUAAAAAGGGAACACAAUGGGAUAGAGGAAUUGAAUGGGUUGAACAACUUGAGAGGGAAACUAAAUAUAAAGAAUUUAAAAUAUGAAGAAAAUGGCAAGUUGGCCAAUUUAGAAGGAAAGAGAUUUCUUCAGUCUCUUAUAUUGGAUUGGGGGAGAACUAAUGAUGGAGAGGUUCAAGGAAGUGAUGAAGUGGUGUUAGAAGGUCUAAAACCACACCCAAAUCUGAAAAAAAAUAUUAUAAGUUCAUUCAUAGGUGUGAAGUGGUGUAGCUGGCUUUCCUCCCUCACAAAAUUAACUUCAAUUAGUAUAAAAGAAUGUAGGAGAUGCCAACGUAUCCCACUGUUGGAUCAAUUACCUCAUUUGAAGAGUUUGUCUCUUGCAUAUCUAGACGUUGUGGAAUACAUUUCAGAUGAAGCAAGUAACAAUUGUUCAACAUUCUUCCCCUCACUUAAAGAACUGGCUCUCUACAAUUGUCCUAAAUUGAUUUGA